UGUCAGAACUUCUUGCAAGAAAAAACAGGGAACAAUCAACUUCUACUUUCUCCUUUUCGACUCACUUUUCUUGACUUCUAAGCCCCUUUUGCUUGCUUACACUUCCCUCAACCUCUCAAAUCCCCAACCCCUCCAAAUCUCUCUUGAUCAACAUGGAAACCUAUGCACACAGAUUAAGUACAUAAUUUCCAGACCAUAAGGAGGAUUCUUGAACAUGGGCUCUGUCGGAAAUCCCAAUCCUUGGGCACCUUAUGACAACUACAAGGACUGUUCACAAGGUAUCUGCAGCAUAUACUGCCCGCAGUUCUGCUACUUCAUCUUCCCUCCACCGCAGCCCGACGAUGACUCCGCUACCACCCUCUCCCCUCUGAUCAUCGCCAUCAUUGGCGUCCUCGCCAGCGCCUUCCUCCUCGUCAGCUACUACACCGUCGUCACGCGUUUCUGCAGACGAAGAAACCAAUCCACUGGCCUAGAAAAUGAUGAGAAUCAUGAGGGAUCAAUAGCUCAGGAUCAAUGGCAGGCCGCCUCGACCGGGCUAGAUGAGGCCGUGAUCAAGACGAUCACCGUCUGCAAGUACCAGAAGGGCGAUGGCCUAAUCGAAGGAAGCGACUGUGCUGUUUGUCUUAGUGAGUUUCGGGACGAUGAGCCGCUCCGGCUCCUCCCCAAGUGCAGCCAUGCGUUUCACCUGCCCUGCAUCGAUACAUGGCUGAAGUCUCACUCGAAUUGCCCGUUGUGUCGUGCCAACGUCAUCGCGUUAGCUCAUCCCGUUCAGACCUCCUCGGCGCUUAACCUCGACGCUUAUGCGGUGCAACGGCCCGUUGUCGACGCCUUGGUUCUUGAGGUGGACGAUGAUCGAGAGAGGACGUGCGGGGACGAGGAGGUUGUCGUUAGUAUAGUUUGUGAUCAUGAAUUCGAUGAUAGUGAUGCAAAGAGCCCAGUUAGAGUUUGUUUGAACACAGAGGAUGUUAAAGUGUUCAGACGAUCGAUCUCUUUAGGUACGUUUACGUUCCAAGGAAAGAUUGUGGGAUCUGAGGUUGUCCGAAUUGGAGAAGUUGAUCAAGAUUUGCAAGUGUGGAAAGAUGAGACCAGCUUUGGUUCUUCAAUGAAGAGAUCUUUGUCUACUGGUGAAUUAGUACUCAAUGUCCGAGAGAAAGGUAUAUAAUAUUCAAGUUAUCAUCAGCUAAUAAGAAAUUCCGAUCUUUAAUUAUUAAUUUAGUUCCUUAAGUGACACUCCAAUGGUUGAGGAUGGAUAAUUAUAGUUUACGUCCUACAAAUUAGUUUUUUUUUUUUUGUGAUUUUGAUCUUAUUAUUUUUUAAUUCAUCAUAUUAUAUUUUAUAAUUCCAAGAAAUUUGCAAGUUCAGUCCCAAAUCUUAAUUUCGGUUCCAAAAUGUAGGCUGGAUUGCAAUAUUAAUUCCAUACUUUUUAAAAUAGCUAACAUUAGUCCUAUAUUUUAGAAAAACGUUGCAAAGUUAGUCCAUGGUUGUAAUAUUAGUAACAAAUUUUAAAAAAAUAUUGCAAAGUUAAUCCCAAAUGUUGUAACUUUUUUACGAUGAGACUAACUUUCUAGCAUUAUUCUAAAUUUUGGAACUAAUAUUGAUUAAUUUAAAAAGCAUGAGACUAAUAUUACAAAUCAGCAAUUCUAUCUUAAAUGUUGAGUUCAAAACUCAUUGAUUCAUGUGUGAAUAAAUGUGUACAUGGCUUUAAAAAAAAUAAAAAACAUUAAACAUUUUUCCUUAUGAAGGCUUAUUUCAAUUUCUUUGUUUAUUUAAAUUAAGAACCAUAGUAUUAAUUGUUUCCAUUAAUAUUACUUUUUUUAAAAAAAAUCCAUAAAAUUCCUGUUCAGGAAUUGUUUGAUUGUGACGGAAUAACACCUUUUGAUGCUUUAAUUAUUUAAUACUCAUAAUCAGUUGAACCAUCAACAUCAGUUCAUAUUUUUUACACAGAUACCUACAGUAAAGGAAAAAAGGGAUUAAAUACAAUUUUUUAAUGUAUAUUUUGUAUUUUUUAUAUUUUAAUUUUAUUUUGUUAGCGUAGUAAAUAGGUUUUGUAACUUAAAAUUUUCGUGAUUUUGAUCUUUCAGUCAUAGGAGUUUGUAAA